AUGACCUGGCUGAGGCCCACGCUGGUGCUGGGGUCGCCGCUGGCGUGGCGGAUCGUGGGGUCGGCGGGGUUAUGGGGCGCUGGCCGCGCCUGCAGCUCCACAGCCGCCCCUCAGGGUCUUGAGGGCCCGGCGCGCACGCGCUCCUACUGGCGCUACGUGAGGCGACUGGUGCGGGGCCCGCCGCAGCCGCCCUACGCACACGUGUGUCAAGUGGGGGACCCUGUGCUGCGCGCUGUGGCCGCCCCGGUGGAGCCGGCGCAGCUGGCCGGCCCCGAACUGCAGCGGCUGGUGCAGCGGCUGGUGCAGGUGAUGCGGCGUCAACACUGCGUGGGGCUGAGCGCGCCGCAGCUCGGGGUGCCGCUGCAGGUGCUGGCCCUGGAGCUCCCCGAGGCUGUUCUCCGAAGCUACUCUCCGCGCACGCGCGAGGCCCGCCAGAUGGAACCCUUCCCUCUGCGCGUGUUUGUCAACCCCAGCCUGCGCGUCCUGGACAGUCACCUGGUCACCUUCCCCGAGGGCUGCGAGAGCUUCGCUGGCUUCCUGGCCUGCGUGCCCCGCUUCCAGGCCGUGCAGAUCUCAGGGUUGGACCCAAGGGGAAAGCAUGUGGUAUGGCAAGCAAGUGGAUGGGCAGCUCGCAUCGUCCAGCACGAGAUGGACCAUUUGCAGGGCUGCCUGUUCACUGACAAAAUGGACAGCAAGACGUUGACAAACAUCCACUGGAUGGAAGUGAAUGACUAA